AUUUGAUGAGGUCCCUCCAGAGAUUAUGCACAAUCCAAAGUACUGGCCAUUCUUUAAGGAUUGUAUUGGUGCUAUAGAUGGUACACAUAUCGAUGCAAAGGUUCCUGCUCGUGAGCAAAUUCCAUAUCGUGGGAGGCACAAGACCACGUCACAAAAUGUAAUGGCUGCAUGUUCAUUUGAUAUGAGAUUUACUUACGUCUUGUCGGGUUGGGAGGGUACGGCAAAUGACUCACGAGUGCUUUUUGAGUGUGUGAAUAAUCCAGCAAUGGAAUUUCCUAUGGCACCUCUAGGUAAGUAUUAUGUGGUUGAUUCGGGAUAUCAAAAUAUGCCUGGGUUUCUAACGCCAUACAAGGGUGAGCGGUACCACUUGUCCUUGUUCCGUGGACGUAGACGAUUACCUACGAAAGAAGAAGAAUGGUUCAAUUAUCGUCACUCGUCCCUUCGCAACGUGAUAGAGCGCUGCUUUGGCGCAUUGAAGGCACGAUUUCCUAUCUUGAAACAAAUGCCUAAAGGCUUUAGUGUGUGGACCCAAAAAUAUUUGCCAACCGCUUGUUGCACGGUCCACAACUUUAUAAGGAUGCAUGACAAAAAUGAUGCAGUGUUCAAAUUCUAUAGCAAGGAAGAUUUGAUUGUUGAAAGUGAGCAAGGCCGUAGGAGCUCUUCUCAACAGAUUAAUGUCACCCCCGCUCAAUUGCGAGAAAUGGCUAGAGUUCGCAAUACUAUUGCCCGCCAAAUCUUUAAUAGCCAAAGGCUUUGAUGCAUUGGUAGUGAAGCAUCCAUUGCAGUAGUGGUAAGAGACUCCAAAGGCAGAAUUGUCCAUUGGCAAAAUUGAUAGCAUUUUACAAGGAUGUUUUGACAGCUCUUGUUUCUUUGUCAGAAUUCAUGUUUUUGUACUUUCUUACUUGCUUUUAUGAGACUAUGAGAGUGAUUGGAGUGGU